GCCCGGCUGGGGGGUGCUGGGUGUGGGGCGGCUCCGGGGCCGGGGAUGGCGGAGGCCGCGUUUGCGGCGGCUCCGGGACAAGCAGGAGGAGCCCGGGGAGCGCUGUGAGAUGGGCCGGCUUCCAAGGCAGCCGGGAGGACACUUAAUACAGCUGCUCAGAAGCACCAACAGAAGCUCAGCAGAUGUGGGCACCCCAGCCAGCAGCAGAGAGGGGUGCAGGGAAGCUACAGAGAAGCCACUUCUGAUGCCCCAGGGAGCAAGCCAACCCCUUCCAGACUCCAGGAACACCACAAAGCAAUAUGAAACCUGUUCAUGAGAGGAGUCAGGAAUGCCUUCCACCAAAGAAACGAGACCUCCCCGUGACCAGCGAGGAUAUGGGGAGAACGACCAGCUGCUCCACAAACCACACACCCUCUAGUGAUGCUUCUGAAUGGUCCCGAGGGGUUGUGGUGGCUGGGCAGAGCCAGGCUGGAGCCAGAGUCAGCCUGGGGGGUGAUGGAGCUGAGGCCAUCACUGGUCUGACGGUGGACCAGUAUGGCAUGCUGUAUAAGGUGGCUGUGCCACCUGCCACCUUCUCACCGACUGGCCUCCCAUCUGUGGUGAACAUGAGCCCCUUGCCCCCCACGUUUAAUGUAGCGUCUUCACUGAUUCAGCAUCCAGGAAUCCACUAUCCCCCAAUCCACUAUGCUCAGCUCCCAUCCACCUCACUGCAGUUUAUUGGGUCUCCUUAUAGCCUUCCCUAUGCUGUGCCACCUAAUUUCCUACCGAGUCCCCUCCUUUCUCCUUCUGCCAGUCUCACCACCUCUCACCUUCCACACUUUGUGCCAUAUGCCUCACUCCUGGCAGAAGAAGCCACCCCUCCCCCACAGGCUUCAUCCCCAGCCCACUCGUUUAACAAAGCCCCCUCUGCAACCUCUCCGUCUGGGCAAUUGCCACAUCACUCGAAUACUCAGCCACUGGACCUCGCUCCAGGACGGAUGCCCAUUUAUUACCAGAUGUCUAGACUACCUGCUGGCUAUCCCUUGCAUGAAAACCCUCCAGCAGGCACGAGCCCAGUUCUUACCCCUCAGGAGGGCCAGUCUGCUCUGGAAGCAGCUGCUGCCAAUGGAGGACAGAGACAGCGAGAGCGAAAUUUAGUAAGACGGGAAAGUGAAGCCCUUGACUCUCCCAGCAGUAAGGGUGAAGGCCAAGGAUUGGUGCCAGUGGUAGAAUGUGUGGUGGAUGGACAGUUGUUUUCAGGUUCUCAGACUCCGCGGGUGGAGGUGGCAGUGCCGGCACACCGAGGGACCCCAGACACGGACCUCGAAGUCCAGCGGGUGGUUGGCGCUUUAGCUUCUCAGGACUAUCGUGUGGUGGCAGCUCAGAGGAAGGAUGAACCCAGUCCCCUCAACCUGUCCCAUCAUACCCCUGACCAUCAGGCUGAAGGACGAGGGUCAGCCAGGAAUCCUACAGAGCUGGCAGAGAAAAACCAGUCCCGUGGGUUCUACCCUCAGUCCCAUCAGGAACCGGUGAAACAUAGACCUUUACCCAAAGCAAUGGUUGUAGCCAAUGGCAACCUGGUGCCCACUGGAACUGACCCAGGCCUGCUGCCUGUGGGCUCGGAGAUCCUGGUGGCAUCAAGUCUGGACGUGCAGACCAGAGCCACCUUCCCAGACAAGGAGCCAACGCCACCCCCUAUUACCUCCUCCCACUUGCCCUCCCAUUUCAUGAAAGGCGCCAUCAUCCAGCUGGCUACAGGGGAGCUGAAGCGGGUGGAGGACCUCCAGACCCAAGAUUUUGUGCGCAGUGCCGAAGUGAGUGGGGGGCUGAAGAUUGACUCUAGCACGGUCGUGGACAUUCAGGAGAGCCAAUGGCCUGGAUUUGUCAUGCUACAUUUUGUGGUUGGCGAGCAGCAGAGCAAAGUGAGCAUCGAGGUGCCCCCUGAACACCCCUUCUUUGUGUAUGGCCAGGGUUGGUCCUCCUGCAGCCCUGGGCGGACUGCACAACUCUUCUCUUUGCCCUGUCAUCGGCUACAGGUGGGAGAUGUCUGCAUCUCUAUCAGUUUACAGAGCUUGAACAGUAACUCAGUUUCUCAGGCCAGCUGUCCUCCCCCAGGCCAGCUGGGUCCACCCCAAGAAAGGCCUGAGAGGACAGUCUUGGGACCCAGAGACCUAUGUGAUAGUGAGGGGAAGAACCAGCCUACAGGAGAGGGCUCCCAUGCAGUAGAGCCCUCCCAGUCUGAGCCUGGUGCUCAGACCUGCUGGCCAGCCCUGAACUUCCAAAGAUACAGCAUGCAAGGGGAGGAGGCACGGGCUGCUCUGCUCCGUCCCUCUUUUAUUCCACAGGAGGUAAAGCUGUCCAUCGAAGGGCGUUCCAAUGCAGGAAAAUGAACCUCUUUCCCAGACCAGGACUGGGACUUUAACCCCAGAGGUGAACCUCACGGUGAGCAGCCAGAGGAUUUGCACAUGCCGAGCAGGGAAUGGCUCUCUUGGCAGUGAGAUUUUGGGGGUGAGGGGAAGUGUGAAGGCAGCCUCCCGAGGCAGGAUCUGUUGCUCAUUACCCCUUGGCAUUCUUUCAGGACAGCCCCAGGGGGUACUAUGAUGGGGAGCAGCAGGCCUGGGGCAAGGAAGGAAGGGGGUGCACACAGGAUAAGAAACAUUCCAAAAUCAGGGCCUCCCUGUUCUUUUCUCCCCACUCCUAGCUCCUGCAAGGGAAAGUACAGGCUUUGGGAGCAGGUGG